GGGCUGAAGCAGGCAGGGAGAAGUGCUGCUCGGGAGACAACACGCUCCGCCGCUGUUGUAAAACGCAAGAGGUGGACUAAGUGUCAGGCGCCACCGCUCGCCUGUUCUUCCUCUUUGCUCUCUCACUCUAUCGCUCUCCUGCUCUGCUCUGGCUGUCUCUAUCUGCAGCUCGCUGGCUGGCUACUCUCUCUCUCUACCUCUCUCUCUCUCGCUCGUUGACUAGGGCUUGGCUGGCUGAGCAGCGGAGUGAAUUAACACAGUGGACUACCUGCUGCCUGGGGAUUGUGUGCGCUGUGAAUACUCUGUGAAUACGCAAAGCUCCAAGUUGUUGUUUUGGCUGCCAGUGAAUGGCCCUGUCCCUCGGAGGAGUAACUCGAAGGAGAUCAUCCGCAGCAGAGUCCAGGACAAGCAACCGGGAGUAGCCUCUGGAGCAGGAACAGACAGAAGGAGUGGAUUCUUGCGAAAAGAGGAGACCGAGCCAGAGAGAGUGAAAUGAGCGACUGAGCAGCUUCUACUCUCAAUGAAAAAGGGGGAAUAAGCGACUGCUUUUUUGAAAAGGAGAAAACCAACUUGACACUCUCGGACAGAGGGCGGUUACAAGAACCCCCUUGCGAUUUGUUUUUGGAUGAAUAUGCCAUCAGGGGUGGACAACACGAGGAAAGAAAGAGAAAAAGUAUUCAGGGCUUGUUGUUAAUUUCUCAUCUGGCACAGACUUUUCCCCUCUUUUUUCCCCUCUCGCUCCGUUUCUUUGUGGGUUUUCUUUAGUCUGUGUGUCGGCUGAGGUUUGUCGCUUCUCUGUAUAGCCGGACUCUGGCAGAACAGAGCUGAGGAGAAGACAACUCAUGUUGAGGGAUAGAGCUGGGGGCGUAAAUUGUUCCCCUCUCCAACUUUCCGCCCAUCUCUACUUAUUCUGACCUGUUUUCUCCAGACUCCAGGGGUGGCCUCCACAUGCGGGUGGCGAGGGGGAAGGGGCCCACACUGUUUUGAACCGAGGAAGUGGGUGUAAAAAAAUAACCCCCUUCACGCUCCUAAGAGCAUAUGGUUAAUCGAGUGGUGGCCAGCUGCUUACUAGCCACCCCGCUAAAUACGCUGACGCUAGAUACAAGUGUGCAGCGACGGGGGCAGCUUCGUGCUCCGUGCUCGGAGAAGACAGUCGCGUUGCCGUGUUGCUGUUGCCUUUAUUUUGGUCCUGAUUGGAGCUAUAAGGAACAAUAAGCCGGCGGGCAGCCAAGUGAAAACAAAGAGCCAGUUGUUGUUUUCCUGGGAGCGUUUUGAAAGGAAAAGAAAAGGAGGCUAAUGAAUGUCUUCAGAGUGCCAGAGCUGCCAGAGCUCUAGCCCCAAGCUCCCAGUUUAUCAGCCACAGGAGGCUGAAGAAAGAUGCUCCCCCGCCAAAUCACCAGGAGCUACUCUUGACGAAUGCUGUGGUAGUGUGGCGGAGCCUGGCUUGUGUUGUCAGGGCUCCUGGGGCAAUAAGGAGACCAGUGUGUUUUGCAACAGUGGACCAGUGCUGCAAAGAGAUCAAGGAGGCUUCUUACUGUAAUUACUGUUGAGUUACUGUGGAACUUUGGCACCUUUUGAACUUGCACGCGCAUUCACACACAUUUACACUUUCAUACUCACUCUACAUAUGUACACACCAAUCUGUUGUCAUCUCCUUUCCAGUACUUGGAUUAAAAUGGAGGUAGCAUGGACAGCUGGGGGCCUAUAGCUGCACAGGCCGAGACCCCUCUGUCCUCUUCACACAAAUGGAUGUUAUUACUAUCCAAAAUGAGUUGCCUGGAAACCGUUGAAAGCUUCUCAACGCGUCUUUCUGAAAGCAACUGCGACUCCCUCCCCACGGCGGAACACAGUUGGAUUCAGGGCUGAAUCUACCAACCAUUACCAAGUCUAUCAUUCUCUCCUCUCUCAUUUCUCCUGUCAUUUUUAUUCCUUGGUUCUUCGGGUUCUUCUUCUCCCACCCCGAUACCUGUACCUUCCCAUCGGGGGGAUUCCGGAAGUGGAGUAUGACCAGCUGCCAUUACCCCACGCCGCCCCCGGAGCGGGACCGGAUGUACCAACACAAGGUGUCCCUGGUGGUGCGAUACUUUAUGAUCCCCUGUAACAUAUGCCUCAUCCUGCUGGCCACGUCAACGUUGGGCUUAGCCGUGCUGCUCUUCCUCAACAACUACAAACCUGUUCACUUCACGCCGGCCCAGCCUCCUGACGGUUGCAGAGGAAUGCUGUGCGGCUUCGGGGCGGUGUGUGAGCGUGAAGCGGCUGACUCCUCCAAGGCAGAAUGCGUAUGCAAGAAGAUGGUUUGUCCAUCAGUUGUGGCGCCCGUGUGUGGCUCAGACUCCUCCACCUACUCCAACGAGUGCGAGCUGGAGAAGGCCCAGUGCAACACGCAGCGACGCAUCAAGGUGCUGCGCAAGGGACCCUGUGCCCUGAAGGACCCAUGCAGCGAGAUGACCUGCAGCUACGGCAGCACCUGUAUCCAGUCAUCGGACGGCCUGUCGGCCAAGUGCAUGUGCCCGCUGAGCUGCGACGGCAAGCCCGAGCAGGUGAUGUGUGGCAGCGAUGGCCAGGACUACCGCAACGAGUGUGAGCUCCACAAGCAGGCCUGCCAUACCAAGAAGAACGUCCGCCUUCAGCGCCAGGGAUCCUGCAACCCAUGCAAAGACCGCGAGAACAACCUGAACGUUGCAUGCCGGGUGGAACCGCGCACCCACCAGCCCCUGACUUUCCCCCUCCCGGAGUCCUGCCCACCCGUCAAUGAGCCACUGUGCGCCAGCGAUGGGCAGACCUACGAGAGCGAGUGCCAUAUGACGCGGACGGGCAUGCAGAAGGGUAUUGAACUCAAGAAGAUCCACCCGGGCCGCUGCAAGAAACAAGAGGAGUGCAAGGAGGAGUGCAAGUUCAACGGUGUGUGCCAGGUGGAGCGUCUGGGCGUGCGCUGCUCCUGCCAGCCCAUCCAGUGCGACGGCACCUACAAGCCGUUGUGCGGCAAGGACGGCCGCACCUACAUCAACGACUGCGAGCGCCGGCGGGCCGAGUGCCAUGCCAAGGCCCAUAUUCCUGUCAAGCAGCAAGGCCCGUGUGAUCUACACACUCCCAGCCCGUGCCUAGGGAAGGCCUGCGAGUUCGGCGCCGUGUGCGUGGUGAAGAACGACGAGCCUGUAUGUGAGUGCGCUGGCGCCUGCCCCCAGACGCCCGACCUGGUGUGCGGUAGUGACGGCCACAGCUACGGCAGCCAGUGUGAGAUGAGGGCCAUGGGCUGCGCACUGCAGAAAGAGAUCCACAUCCAGCACCGAGGACCCUGCGACGAGGCGUGUGCCAACUGUUCGUUUGGGGCAAUCUGCGACGGGCAGUCGGGCCGCUGUGUGUGCCCGCAGGAGUGUGUGGAGUCCCACCAACCGGUGUGUGGCAGCGACGGCUCCACCUACGACAGCGAGUGUGAGCUCCACGUGCGAGCCUGUACCGAGCAGCUUGACCUGCGCGUGCUCGCCCAGGGAGAAUGCAAGACGUGCGGUAGCGCCAUGUGUGCCUGGGGGGCCCGCUGCAUCCAGAACAAGUGUGAGUGCCCGCAAUGCCAGGGCCAGGCCUUUUCGCCCGUGUGCGGCAGCGACGGCUUCACCUACGACAACACCUGCGAGCUGGGCGUGGCCUCCUGCGUCCUCAAGAAGAAGAUUGAGGCGGCCAAGCCUGGCAGCUGCGACGAAGAGUGUGGUUCAGGAGGAUCGGGUUCAGGUAUUGAGAGCUGCGAACAGGACAGGUGUCGUACGUUCGGAGGCUCGUGGGACGAGGACGCAGAGGACGACCGCUGUGUCUGUGACUUUGACUGCCAUCGCGUGCCUCGCAACCCGGUGUGUGGCUCAGAUGGGAAGACCUACAGCAACGAGUGUGAAAUGAAGAAAGCCAGGUGCGAAAGGCAGGAGCACCUGCUGAUCCAGAAUCAGGGACCCUGCACAGCAAUUUCGGCCACCUCUCCGACAGAGCUGACAGCGCCGGAACACUGCAGUCAGUCAGUCUAUGGCUGUUGCCGUGACAACAAGACGGCGGCCCUUGGUGUGGGACUUGCCGGAUGCCCCAGUACAUGCCAGUGUAACCCGUACGGCUCAUACAAGGGGACUUGUGACCCGGCCAGCGGCCAGUGCUCCUGUAAGCCCGGCGUCGGGGGACAGAAGUGCGACCGCUGCGAUCCAAGCUUCUGGAACUUCCGCGGCAUCGUCACAGAGAACUUGAGCGGCUGCACACCGUGUAACUGCGACGCGGUGGGCUCUGUGAGGGACGACUGCGAGCAGAUGUCAGGCCUGUGCUCCUGCAAAACGGGAGUGAAGGGCAUGAAGUGCAACGUGUGCCCCGACGGCAGCAAGAUGGGUGUGAGCGGCUGUGACACAGGUGCCGAUGCCCCAACCUCAUGUGAUGAGCUGGACUGCAAGUUUGGCGCGUUGUGUGACAAGGUCAACGGUCAAGUCCACUGCGAAUGUCCCUCUCCCGACUGUGACGAGAAGAACAAGACCAAGGUGUGCGGCUCUGAUGGGGUGACCUACGCUGACCAGUGCCAGCUGAGGACCAUUGCCUGUAGGCAGGACAAGCAUAUCACAGUGGAACGCUUUGGCCAGUGCACAGAAAGCAUCAUAGAGCCGGCCGGCCGACCCACUCCUUACCCCCCCACCUCCCACGCCGCCUCCACCACCCCCUCCACCGCCCACGUCAGGCUCACGUCGCCGCACCACGGCACAUCACUCUCUCCCUGGGACGAUGAUCUAACGGAGAGGCCACCGGCCUCGUUCGUGGAAGCCUUGCCGCCCCCCAUGGCCACGGAGAGCGCUCUCACCACCAACCGCCCCGUCACCACCCCCCACCACCCACCUCACUCCACCACCCCCCACCUGCCCGGUCACACCAGCCCUGGCUCCUCCCCUACCGCCUUUGAAGACUCAGGGAGCGGCGAGCCCAGCGGAGACGACCAGGUGGAGGAAGAGGAGGAGAAUGAGGAAGAAGGUAGCGCUUUCGGAGUUCCGGAGGCGAGCGGAGAGGAGCCAGUUGACCCCACAGCCGCGGCCACCACCAUCCCCACCGCGGAAGAUCGCUCGUCAUGUGACAACACUCCCUUCGGCUGCUGUCCCGACGGCAAGACGGCCUCCAGCAGCCCUGAGGGAGCCAACUGCCCCCCCACCAUGAGGUUCAGCGGCUUCCUGCACCUAGACCAGGUGGAGGGCCAGGAGGUCUUCUACACCCCUGAGAUGGAGGAUCCCAAGUCUGAGCUGUUUGGGGAGACGGCCAGGAGCAUCGAGAGUGCUCUGAAUGAGUUGUUCCGGAAAUCAGAGGUGCAGAAGGACUUCAUGAGUGUCCGCGUCCGCAGCCUGGCUCCCAGCAACUCCAUCUUGGCCUUCGUCGAGGCCCACUUUGACCCAGAGACCAGGUACACAGUGGAGGACAUCGAGGGAGCCCUGCUCAAGCAGCUGAAGGCAGCCAAGGAGACGGCCAUCAUGGUGAAGAAGCCAGAGGAGGAGAACAUUCGCUUCACCAACUACGGCCUCUCCUCCCUCCCCUACUUCACCACAACCACCACUACCACGGCCACAGCCACCACCCCCACCGCCAGCACCGCCACCAGCACCAACCCGCCGCCCCGCACCUCCCCCUUCAUCACAAGCCGUCCCCCGGGCACCACCCGCCGCCCCUACACCAGCCGACGGACCACCACUGCCCCCUCGCCAGUGACCACUCUGGGACCCACUACUACCAUCACUCCCCUCCAUAGGACCAGGCCUGUGCCCCACCACACCAAGGCCCAGCGGCCCUGCGACUCCCACCCCUGCCGCCACGGGGGCACCUGCGAGGACGACGGUGCCGACUUCACCUGCAUCUGCCCCGCCGGGAGAGGGGGCGCAGUCUGCGAGAAACUGAUCAAGUACUUCAUUCCGUCGUUCGGGGGUAAGUCCUACCUGGCCUUUGACACCAUGAAGGCCUACCACACGGUCCGCAUCGCCAUGGACUUCAGGGCCGCCGAGAUGACGGGCAUCCUGCUCUACAAUGGCCAGGACGGCAAGAAGGACUUCCUAUCUCUCACCCUGGUCAACGGCAAGGUGGAGCUCAAGUUCAACACAGGUUCAGGCACGGGCACCCUGGUCAGCAAUGUCCAAGUUAAGCAGGGUCGCUGGCACCAGCUGGUGGUGACGAGGAACCGGCGCAACGCCAUGCUGAGCGUGGACAAUGAGCUCCACAUCAACGGCGCCAGCCCCCCCGGCACCGACGGCCUCAACCUGGACACACACCUGUUCAUCGGAGGGGUGCCCGAGGACAUGAUGACAGAUGUGAAGGAGAGAACCUCCAUCGGUACGGGUCUGGUGGGUUGUGUGCGCAUGCUGGACGUCAACAACCUGGUGUACAACCUGCAGGAAAAGAGUGACAACGUGCUGUACGGCACCGGUGUGGGCGAGUGCGGCAACAAUCCGUGCCAGCCCAACCCUUGCAAGAAUGGCGCUCCAUGCCAGGUCAAGGAGGCCGAGAUGUUCCACUGCAAGUGCAUCAACGGCUACUCCGGUCCAACGUGCGCCGACACCCACAACCCGUGCGAGCCCAACAGGUGCCACCCCUCGUCCCAGUGCCAGGUGCAGCCAGAGGGAGGGUACAAGUGCGAGUGUCCCAUGGGUCGCGAGGGACGCCACUGCGAGAAAGUGUCGGAGAAGAAAGGGGCCUACAUGCCGUUCUUUAGUGGUGACUCUUACCUGGAGCUGAAGGGAUUGCACACCUACGGUCACGAUCUCCACCAAAAGGUCAGCAUGACGGUGGUGCUCAUGGCCAAUGACUCCAACGGCAUGAUCUUCUACAGCGGCCAGAAGACGGACGGCAAAGGUGACUUCAUCUCCCUCUCCCUCAACGACGGCAUCCUGGAGUUCCGCUACGACCUGGGCAAGGGCCCCGCUGUCAUCAGGAGUAAAGAUAAGAUCAAGAUGGGCGUGUGGAACACAGUGAAUCUGGAGCGGGCCAAUCGAAAGGGAGAGAUUAACAUCAACGGAAAGGACCCAGUCAGAGGAGAGUCGCCGAAAUCACGCAAGAACCAACACACUGCUCUCAACCUGAAGGAGUCUCUGUUUGUGGGUGGUGCUCCUGAUUUCAGCCGGCUAGCAAGGGCCGCCUCGCUCAAAGAUGGCUUCAAGGGCGCCAUUCAGAAGAUCACCCUGAUGGGCACGCCCAUCCUCCGGCAGGAGAACGCGCUGCACUCCAGUGACGUGGCCAUGUUCGAGGGCCACCUCUGCAGCCGUGAGCCCUGCCACAAUGGGGGUCGCUGCAACCCCCUGCUGGAGACCUACGAGUGUGUGUGCCUCCACGGCUUCACAGGCCCACACUGUCAGAACACUAUCUUCGAGAAGUCCGCCGGGGAAAUGGAGUCCAUUGCCUUUGACGGCCGGACAUUCAUUGAGUACCACAACGCCGUCACCAAGAGUGAGAAGGCCCUGCUGGUGAACAAGUUUGAACUGAGCAUUAAGACAGAGGCCACCCAGGGCCUGGUGCUGUGGAGUGGUAAGGGCGUGGAGCGAUCUGACUACAUCGCCCUGGCUGUGGUGGAUGGCCGUGUGCAGAUGACCUAUGACCUGGGCUCCAAGCCUGUGGUGCUGCGCUCGACGGUCCGCGUCAACACCAACCGCUGGAUCCGCAUCAAGGCCAGCAGAGCACUUAGGGACGGCUCUCUCCAGGUGGGCAACGAGGCGGCGGUCACGGGGUCGUCGCCCCUGGCAGCCACUCAGCUGGAUACAGACGGAGCCCUCUGGUUGGGUGGCUUGGAGGAGUUGGCGGUGGCCCGCAGACUGCCUAAGGCCUACAGCACUGGCUUCGUGGGCUGUGUAAAGGAUGUCGUGGUAGAUGGCGUGGAGCUCCACCUGGUGGAGGACGCCCUGAACAGCCCCAAAAUAUUACACUGUUCCGCCUCUGGCACAGCCACCACGGCCAAAAAAUAGCCUGGCUAAAAUCACUCCCUCCAUAAACACCAUGUCUACUGCUGUAAUUAUUUUAUAUUUUUGUAUACUUUUCAUUGCUUUUUAUAUUGAAAAUAAAAAGAAUAUGUUGUUUUAAUUUUUUUUUUUUUUUUUUUAUAUAUUGUAUUUUAAUUUUUUAUCUGCGGCUCCCGUUCAUUCAUGAUCCCUGCCCUAAAAUGCAGGUGUACAUACCAUACAUAUACGCAUACUUUUGUGUGACAUCGCGAGACAAGUGAAAGCUGUAUUCAUUGUAGUGUUUUGUUGUUUUAAAACAAACAUGAACAAAACCUCUCCCUCGCUCAUUACUUGAACACUGGUGAAUCACAUUGGUGCUCUCUGUUAUUUCCAUAUCAUUCACUACCACCCAACACAGCCUAUAGAAAUACAUACAUACAAACAUUCCCCUGUGAGAUAAAUACAGUAGAGACAUACUGCUGUUAACUGGGUCAUGGUCAUUAGAGCACACUGUUACAAAACGUUUUACAACAUUCUGCAACGGAAAUGGAAAACGGGCAUGUCUUAUUGGGCAAGUCCAGGUUGUCCCGCCCUCUUUCAGUCUGUUUUCUUCUGAAUGAACAGGACAAUGGUAUCCUAGAACCCUCUGCUUGCUACUGAUAGGACACAUAUCAGUAGGGCUGAAUGAGCUUCUGAAACCGCUUAAUCAAACUCCUCUAACAGCGCAAAUGCUCUACGUUGCCUCUGAAUCAACGACUGAGUUUUGAAAUACUUCGCUAUUCGCAAACCCCCAGAGCCGAACAAAGACAAAGUGCCCUGCAUUCCAGAACAACUUACAUAUCAUCAUCCACAACAUGCAUCAAUCAAGAAAUUUAAUAAUAAUUGACAUAAAUAAAUGUAAUAAAUAUAGAGUAUAUAAAUACCUGAGACUGUGAAUAUGUAAGAUUGGUUCUCUUCUCAAGAAUUGUGAUUCUCAUGUAUUGUGCAUUCUAUUUUACAAUCAGGAUGACCACUAGUUGCAUGCAGUUUCUGCAGUGUUGAUUUUGUUUUGUUUUGGUUUCUCUGUGUUGCCGGCCAAGUGGAUUACCUGUCGCAAACAUGCUUUGUGUUUUACAAAAUGGUUAAACUAUUUUACUCUAAUCUGAUUUCACUGAGCUACUGAGCUAGGAGAACUGUUUAAUUUUUGGUGGGGUCCUUUUUUGAGCACUUGUUUUUCUAUUGGAGCAGUUUGUUUUGCUGGACUUGGAAUGGUGCAAAAGGACAAGUUGUUGUUGUUACCCCAACUGGCCUGGUGGGGGUGCUGUAAGCUCAGGCUGAAGAGAGGACAGACGAAGAGGAAGAGGCGAGAGACUGUAUCAUACCAUAGGAGGCAAUAGGACCCUCAUAUGUUCAGUCAUGGAAUGUUCAGUCAUCAACGAAAUUCUUCAAUUUUUCAAACAUCAGAGUCAAUUUUUUUCUCAAAUUGGAAUGAAGACUGGGUUAUACUCUCUCUUGUAUUAAGAGUGAUCCAUCUCUUGCUGUUGGAAAAGUGAUCAUGUGAUAAGUUGGGACAUUUGGCAGCAAAAUUAGGAAAAAAAUUGCAAACAUAAUCGCAAUUACUAAUAAACAUACUUAUGCAUGGGUUUGUAUUGUCGAGAUGAAUUCUGUAACAUCCAAAAACUGAUAAUGCAAUUCAAAAACUAAACUGCAAUGACUGACAUAAGCCCACUCUGUUUUGAUAUAUAAGAUACUUGGCAAUAUUAUAAGACAAAACAAAUGCUUGUUCAAGGUUGAGUAUCAGUGGUAUUGUACUAGUUUGUUUAAGUUCUUCAUUAUUUUCCCCUCACGAAACAAAAGCGGCCAUUUUGUACAGCCCUGAAAUUUGAAAGUGAAAAUUGAGCAAUGUGUAAAACUGGAGGUUGUUUUUAGUACUAUACACUGGAAAUAAGUCUGACUUGUCUGUUUACUACACACAAUAAUGAUGUUCCUAUGUCAAUGGGGAGGGGAAGAACAUCGACGCAUAUGGCUUUUGAGUGUAAUCAAGGACUAGUGUCCAAUCCAAGACCAGGAACCCUGUGUGUGGGCGUGUGUGUACACCACUGUAUUUACAUGUUGUAUUACUGUUGAAUUUGACCUAUUCCAGUAGUUGUUCAUAAGCAGUGGGCUCCUGUGUUAGUGGCACUCAGAAGACAAGUGGCACAGGCUCAAGUGUAAGAUGACACGAUCUAAUGUCGGGGUGGUCAAAACUGUCUAUGAAUUGCCUUAAAACAGGUCAGCGGCCUACAGGUUGACAAAGUUGUUGUCCAUACUGUUCUGUGCUCUUACUUUGGCCAGCAUACUAGCCUCAUCAUCCCCAUGUAAAUUAAUACAUAAUAAUUAUAUUAAUAAUUCUCAUACAAAUCCUCAGAGGGCCACAAAAAUGGUCGCCUUUGGCUUUACAAAAAAUAUACUAUUUACUGUUUGAAUCUAUUUUCUGUUCCUUAUUUAUGUCUCAUGUGGAUUCCGUCUGGCCUCUGUAAACUACUGUUUGAUUGAGACGCUCCUGAAGGGCAGUGCACCGAGUAAGAGUGGCAUGACCUGACCAUUACUAACUUUAUUACCUUUGUCUUGUGUUCCUACCACCAUGAAAUAAAGUGUCAAACAAACAGACCUGACUCUGUCA